UUUUAUAUUACCUAUAAAUUGUCUCAUUGAAAUCUAAAUAUUUUGGAUUUGGGCUAAAGCCCCCAAUGUUUUGAGUAUAUAAUAUAUAUAUAUAUAUAUAUAUAUAUAAAAUAUAAACGGGGGUGGACUAAAUCAGGCUAAUCAGAAGCGGUCCAUUCCCUGAGAGUCCAUGCCUUUCUUUGCUCUGGCUCCUAAAGAAAAUCAGCAGGGAGGCAGAAAGUGGAGAAAGGGAGGCGGCAGCUCAAGUACAAUGAUCUCUGAAACUGGCAGCAUUAAUCCGGACAGCGACCAUCAUCCUAACGAAGCAAACAGCAGCCAGCACUCCUCCCUCUACUCAGCAGCCUGCCAACUAAGCAGGAGUCCAGAUACCCAGGGCACCCACGGCGGUUUCCAGCCUCUGUUCUCCGCCUGCAUCAUGACAUCGGGGGAGUUCUUGCCAGGCGCUCCUCUACUGGCGCACAAAUCCAGAAGGAGCCUGCUGUACAAGUCGCUCUGCUUCCUUCUUCUCUUCUUCCAGGGCGGCAUCCUGGACUUCUAUCUCAUCCUCUUCACCGACCUGUACUGGUGUUCUUGGAUAGCCACCGACCUGGUGGUCAUCUCUGGUUGGGGGGUUUUCUUCCUGAAAAACGCCAGAAGCCAAAGAGAAAGGGCCUGCGGUUUCCACCAAAAAAACUCGAUUUUUGGCUGCAACCUCGGAGAAUUUACCUAUGCCUACUUAGCUUGGCUAAUCUAUGUCAUCGCCUGCACCCCCAAAAUCGUGCUAAUCUUGGAGACCUCCAUUCUGGAGCUGAUCGCGCUGAAAGUGCCGUGCGGGGUGACGGGCUUUAAGAUCACGGUGCUGCUGUCAGUACCGCUGCUCUUCUGCCUCAUCAACUCCAUCGUGGUGGAUUUAAACGGUCCAACCCGCCACCACUCCCAGAGCUGCUUCACCAGCACCUGCCUCGACUUGCUGGACAGUUUCACACUGAUGGAGAUGCUUCUCAGAGGUGAGGUCCCCUCCGUGUACCUGAGGUACACUGUGAUCACGGUGUACUUCGUGGCCCUCGCGGUUCCGGUGAUCUGGCUCUACGAGCUCAUGGCGGCGGAGCGACGCUGCCGGUGGCUGUGGGCUCGCUUCUUCACCGGACAGUUAGUUAACGCACCGCUUCUCGUAGUUCGGUGUUUCCAGGUCUUUGUCUACCAGAUGCCGGUGUCGGUGUUCAUGUUUAAGAACAUCUUCUUGUUGGCGUGUCGCCUGCUGGAGCUACUGGAGCAGUGCGCAGCAGUGCAGGGCCUACGGAGGCGGUCUGGCACCAACAACCCAGCCCAGUUCUCCCACUGCGUCUCAGAGAACGACAUGUGUCCCCACGGAUAUGUCAACACUCUGGCCGUCACGCAGUCUUAAUCAGCCUGCAGGUUCUGAUGGUUAUCAUGAAAAUGGAGCAGACACAAGCCGAACCUCUGCGGGCAGACUGCGGCUUCUGACCGGGAGAUCAACACAGCUUCUCGGACAAAACUGUUAGGAUCCACAACUGUUCAGGAUAUCCGCAUUAAGAUAAUGGUAUAAAGAAAAUUCUACUAUUCUGAAUUACUGCAAAUAAACGGAGCACGAUAAAAGGAUCAGAACAAUUUCUGUUCUUUAAAGGCCUCUUCAGGGCGCGGCGCUGACGGUGUGGGGGUUAGGUCUGCGACCAUAUGCGGAGGCUACGGUCCUCGAGCCGGCCGUCCCGGGUUCGAGUCCCCCGGACCCGGCGACAUUUACCGAGUGUCUCCCCCUCUUUCCUGUUUGCCUACUUUCAAAAAAUAAUAAGGGCCAUUAGUGCCGAAAAAAUAUCUUUAAAGGCCUCUUCAGCCUGGAAGUUGGUCAUUGGAACAUUUUAAAUAAAAAUAAAAAUGAGAAGUAGCACGAAAGCAAACCUACAUUUUUAAUAAAAUUGACCUUAAUAACAGUUUUUAUCUUUGGACUUAUCUUUGUUGCUGUUUUAGAGUGAUAUCACAUUGCUGCUUGUCCUACAGCUUGGACUUGUGGAACCCUCUGAAGAACUUUCUGUUAAAUUAUUUUCACUGAGAUAUAUUUAGUAGUUUCUUACUUGUGUCUUUAGAGCAAUCCCAACAGACCAUAGGGUCGGCAGGGAAUUCUUCCAGAAGAAUCCUUGAAGCCAAAGAGGAAGGGAUUGCUUUUUGGUCCAUUAAACUGGUGCUUGUUGAGUUUUUGACCAAGACAAAUGCUUCUGCAGAAACUUGAGGACGGUCUCCACCCAGCAUUUUGCUCCUCUCCUGCAGCGACAGUUCCUGCUGGUGACAGAGUCGUCCCCCACUCUGUUUUUGAUUUAACAGCAGCGUUAGAAACCCAGUGAAAUAGGUGUGUGUAUUUUAAUGAUGUGCUUAAAGACUCAGCAGUGGCCUAACAAGAGUGGUCCUCUAACAGCACUUUCUGUUGGUGUCACUGCUGGACCAGGGCUUUACUCCUGUCACAUUUUAGAACCAAGGCCUUUGUCUUCUGUCGGAGUAAAUGCCACAAUAAUUAACAUUGUAAAUGAAAUGAGUCAAAACAGUCCAUCUGAUGUAAUGGUGCUGAUAGGUUGCCUGUUUGAUCUCUGUAGAGGCCUGAUUUUUCUUUUUCUUAGCUUUGGUCUCUCAGCAGCAUCUCUGCUGUCAGCUGAUUUCAGAGGUGAAUGUGAGUGGAAUGUAAAGUACCUGUCAGAGUAUGAAACGGGUGAUGCUGUGUUGCUAGAGGAGGGUUUUUUUAAUGGCACAAGUGUAACUUGUAAUGGUUGUGCCUUUAAAGCCUCAAGAUUCUAAAUAAAACUGUCUUCAUAUGCUGUCAUUUUGGAGAACAUCAAUAGUCACAGUAUGGCAUCCAAUAACAUGAGCCUGUUCCUAAUAUAAAGGUAAACUAAGGUGUAAAAAGUUGAGGUUUCAAAACUGCUAACAUUUUUAGUUUCCAUCAUUGUUUACGUUCCAUGUGACUAAAUUUUUCUCCAGCCGUAUGGAGUUGUGCUGCUCUCUCAUUCCUUCACCUGUUGCUGCACACUGCCAGUGUUAACUUUUCUUUGUUUUUAAGGAGAAAGCAAGCUGAAAAAAUGAAGGACAGCCAUGGUGUGAAAAAUGAAAGAAGGCCACUCUUAACACUUAUUGAAGUAACACUGUUUUAAAAGUACAGUUGGACAAGGCAUGCCUGUCAUGCAGCUCUAGCUAAGCAAAUAGUCUCUGCCUAACUAACCAAUAUCAGCUUGUUAGACUCUAUAAAGAGUAGAACUGGAAAGAGUGAUACCUUUUUACACAAUAAACACUUGAAAACUAGCAUUUAAUUUAGGGGGUGUUUAUUUUAUAUUUUGCUAUAUUGAAAGUAUAAAUGUAUAGCUCAGAUUGUCAUAGUAAAUAUGUUAAAAUAUUUUUAAUUGAAAGGGAUUAUUUUAAAAUAUACACUUUGUUUCAUAUGGUCAGAAGGUGUGUUGAGGUUCUGAAAACAUAGUUCUAUCCAUGAUCAGCAAGUUGUUUUAUCCAACACUACAUCCUACACCUUUGGUAAUUCUACUCUUUUAUUUAGAAAUAUUUUGAGGAAAAAAGCAGAUUUUCAGGAAUCUUUUUUUUCCCACAAAAACACCCCAAAACAUUCCUCAGACACCAGUGAUUCCAGAUUUUCUGCCAAGUGUUGCGAGAGUUUAAAUAGAAGGCAGUCAAACUUCAUAGGCAGGGUUUUACCUUUAGCAAUAUAAAUAGAAUUUUACAUGAUGACUUCAUUUUUCAAAAAACAGUAAUGUCCCUGAUCUUUUUAUGUGGAUGCCCACUAAAGGGAUUAAAUACCUGUGAAUCCCCAUCAGUCAGUCGGAACUAAGUACAAUAAAACAUUGUCGUCAAGUAUUAAAUAGAAGUCCACCUGUCAUCUCUUUAGGCACUUAUGGUCUCCAUGACCUAAAAAUGUGUGAAUAUAUUGUUGCAUAGUAGUGUAUGCUUCACAUGUUUGCGGUUAAUUAAUGAGUUUUUUUUUUUUUUUAAGUUGGAAUGUCAUGCCCUGUCCUGCUUCGUGAGGUCGUUCAUAAGUUUACUGUGAUGUUCUCAUGAUGUGGCUGAACCAAGUUUAUUAUAAUGUAUGUGACUGAGGAUGAUACAAUGUGCAAUAUCUGAGAAAUAAAGAUACCUUUUAAGGCCUUUUAUUGAACAUGAA